UUGGGGGAUCCUCUGGAGGGCUUUUUUGUUCGUCUCUUUUUUUAUUGGUACCCUAUUUGUGAUCAUCCCCGAUUUUCCUCACACACUUACAAUGCAGAUAGCUAGUUUGAAGGGAUAGCUGGUUGUUUUUUAAAUCUAGACAAGUUAGCUAUGUGCUACAUCAAGUUUGACGUUUAUCUCAAGCCAAUUCGUAGACAAAUAUAUCAAAAGUUUGGGCCUGUAAUCAUUGGACAAUAAAGCGUUAGAACUGAUAGUUUUGCUCAAAAUUAUUUCUAGCACCUUUUCGCUAUGUUGUUAGAAGGAAAACAAGCCAGCCCUAGUGUUUUCACGUCUCUAACGGACUCAUCUGACGAACCGAUCCGAGCUGCUGUUCCCCCCUCUGUGGAGCUCGGACUUACCGUUGUGUACACUGUUCUUUAUUCGCUCCUGUUUCUUUUUGUUUAUUUACAACUUUGGUUAAUUUUGCACUACGGACAUAAACGCUUCAGCUAUCAAAGUGUGUUCCUUUUUCUGUGUUUGCUGUGGUCAGCGCUGAGAACAACGUUAUUUUCUUUUUACUUCAAGAACGUUGUCCAAGCCAACCAACUGCAGCCUUUGCCUUUCUGGCUUUUAUACUGUUUUCCAGUAUGCCUGCAAUUCUUCACAUUAUGUCUGCUGAAUCUUUAUUUUGCACAGGUAAUGUUUAAAGCCAAAGCUAAAUACUCCCCAGAGCUCAACAAAUACAAGGUGCCAAUGCGACUGGCCUUCCUCUUCGCCAGCCUGUUCUUCUUGGUGGUGAAUGUGACCUGCGCCAUGCUGAUACAGAGGGGCACGGACGAGGCCCUGAGCAAACACGUGGUGCUGGUUCGAGUCCUCAUCAACGACAGCCUCUUCGUGCUCUGCGCCGUCUCUCUCGCCGUCUGUAUCUUCAAGAUAGCCAAGAUGUCUUCUGCUAACGUCUACCUGGAGUCAAAAGGGACUUCUGUGUGUCAGGCCACAGCCAUCGGUGCUGCUGUCAUUCUGCUUUACACGUCCAGAGCCUGCUAUAACCUAGUGGUCGUGUCCCUCUCCCCCGAAGACAGGCCCAGUCCGUUCAACUACGGCUGGUACAACGUCUCAGACCAGGCCGAUGUGGAGAAGAUCUGCGGGGAGGCGUAUAUUGUUUUCGGGAUCAUCCUGUUUUUCUGGGAGCUGUUACCCACCAGUCUGGUCGUGGUUUUCUUCAGGGUGCAACGGCCCAAUCAGAACCUGGCACCAGGGGGCAUGAUCAACAGCCAUAGCUUCAGUUCCAGGGCAUAUUUCUUUGACAACCCUCGACGCUAUGACAGCGACGAUGACCUGUCCAGGAGCAUCAGCUCCAGAGGAGAGAGGGGCAGCAGUAUCCUGUCCACUACACCUCAGCCUGGCCCCAGCUGGUACGGCUCCAUCCAAAGGAACGGGAGCCUGACUGGAGUUCCUCACCUGCUCAACGGCCCACCUGUGUCGACCGCCCCCCUGAUCCUCGCCUACGGCAACAUUCAGACCAACCAGCAUCACAACUACUACUCCACGCCCCAGAAUUACUACUCCACCUCCCAGACACACUACUCCACGCCCCAGAACUGAGCUGUCUCUCUCUCUCGGCUUCCCGCGUAGAUUAUUCCCUGAGCUUUUUCCGCUCGGGGCAAGGCCGGGUCGGGCUUUUCCGAGGGAUCUUUCAGGACUCUGCGAGCGAUACCGCGUGGUCGCGCUCCCUUCAUUCCGAGUAGUCGCCCACCUUCAGAGCUAGCCGUAGCCAUGGCGAUUUCUGUGGGUGGCUGGAAUUCAAAAGGGACUGUAACAGGGGCUGAUCAGAGGUCAAGUGGUGGUUUGCUAAAUGAUAUUCUUUACUUCAGUGUUGUUGCUUUCGCCUAUAUAUCUAUAUGUUCCUGGAUAGACACUCUACCCUGCUGGAAGAAAGUAGUUUUUUGUUUUUUUGUGUUUUUUUUUUAUAUUUUUGCCUGUACUGAAACAAUGCUUAUU